AUGGCGGGCGUGCAGCCCGCCAAGCCCGCGGGCCGGCUGCGAGCGGCGGACGGGGCCGCGGAGGCCGGGCCCGCGGCGGUCUUCCUGUGCGCGCCCUCGCUGCCCUCGCCGCUGCCGCCGGGCGCCCGGAGGGCCUCCGCGGACGCCGGCCUGGCGGCCCGCGGUGCCGAGGCGGCGCAGCCGCCAGCGGAGGACGCCGGCGCGGGCUGCGGCGUGACGCCGGCGAGCCUGAAGCACCUGCGGCGGCAGAACGCGACGCUGGCCGAGGGGCUCGAGCGGGCGGGCACGGAGGUUGCGGCGCUGCAGGCCCGGCUGCAGGACGAGCAGGGCAGGGCGUCCGGCCUCGCGGCGUCGCUGGCGGAGGCGGAGCAUCGCGAGGCGGCCCUGCAGCAGGAGGUCGCGGUCGGCAGGGGGCGAGAGAACGCGCAGUGCCGCAGGAUCGAGGAGCUGUCGCUGCUCAACGCCAGGCUGGAGGAGUCCCUGUCGCUGCGCGAGGCCGAGGUCCUGACGCAGAGGAGGACCCUGGCCCAGCUGCGGCUGCGGCAGGCGGCCGACGCCUUCCGGAGCGAGGGCCGCCACGCCGCCGCCCGCGGGGCCGCGCCCGCCGAAGCGGCCAGCGGCGAGCCGCAGCCGCAGGCCCGCGGCGGCGCCCUCGCCGACGCCCUCGCCGGGAAGAUCCAGGUGCACGUCUCCAUCCCGAGGGUGACGGUGGCCUACAAUGGCGCGCCGCCGCUGGAGGUGAGCCUGGCGUCGUGCCUCGGGCAGGACAGGAUCCGCCACUUCCUGGACCGCAACCUGCUCCCGCACCUGGAGCCGCUGUGGCUGCGCAUGGACGACCUGGACGAGGCGCCAGACGGCACCAGCAAGGAGGCGUACAGCGCGAAGAUUAUGGACGCGCUCGCGCAGUCCAUUCAAGUCUUCGUCGCGAAGGCGGCCAAGAGCACCCCGGACGACCCUGGCGGCGCGCCCCAGACCGCGGCCGCCCCGCCGGAGCUCGUGGGCGGCGGGGGCGCGCCGCUAGGCGUCUGCGGGCCCCUGGGCGUCGCGCCGCGGGCCUCCGACCCUGCUCACGGCCCCGUGCCCGAGGCGAGCAAGCUCCUGCUGCUCCGCCCUCCUCCCCUGCUCCCGCCGUCGGGCGGUUUGGUUGUGGAGGACGAGCACCUCGAGGGGCCUUAG